AUGGGAAAUCUUUAAACUCUAAUAAAUUAUCAUGCACCAUUGAACUAUGCAUAAGAUUUAAGUGAAUAACUAAUAGAUUAAGGAAUGUUACAACAUCCAGGUUUAGGAUAAAUUUAAUUAUGGAAAAUUAAAGAAACUAAUUAGCCUUUGUUAUUUUCAUUUGUAAAUUAUCUAAUCUAUUUUAUAGCAUGUACAUAUAUUUGAAAAAGAUUCAUCAAUUAUUGAUAUACAUAAUUUUAGAAGUUCUCUCAAUCAUCCUAAUUUAAUUGAAUAUUUUGCUUGUACAAGUUCAAAUGCACUAAACAUUGGUAAAGUAUAAUCUUAAUAAUACUUUUUUGCAUACUAUGAAUAAACUUUAAAGGCUUAUAUUUAAUCUAUAACCUUGACUGAAGUAUAAAUAUGGAAGGUAAAAUAAUAAAUACUAUUUGGUAGAUAAUAGAAUAAAUAGUAGAUGUUAUGGUUUAUUUAUAAAGUUUGAAUAGAUAUCAUUCAAACAUCAAUUCAGAAUCAAUAUUCAUAACUGAUAAUUUACAUAUCAAGUUGUUAGAUAAAAUAGGAUAAUAACCAAAUAAAUUAGCAAUCAAAGAUGAUGUACAUGAUUUAGGAAUUGUUAUUAUAGAACUUUUAACUAAAAGAAGUAAUAUUUUAUAAUACUCUAGCAAAUUAAUUAAAUUUUAUUUAAUAAAUAAAAAAUUUACAUGGAAAAUUCACUUUAUAAUUAUUAUAAUUGGUUGCAAAAAUGAUUGAUGAAAAUAUUGAUAGACGACCUGAUUUUAUUUAAAUCUAAUAGAUGAUUAUCAAUAGAUUCAAAGAACCCAUAUUUUUUUAAAAUCCAUAAAAAUAUCAAGAUCUUAAAAAAUUAACUUCAAGAUUACCAACUUAAGAGUAUUUUACUAAUAGAAUAAAUUAAAUUAAAUCAAAUUAAUAACAAUCACCUAUAAGAUAUGAAUCCAAUAAUAUAGUAACUUAAAAAUUGAAUAUGCCUUUGACUAAACUUUUAUGCAAUACUUAAAAUUAAUUAAAUACUAUUUCAAAAGUUGACUCUAUUAAUAAGAAUAUUUAUUAAUUAUCUCCUCCACGUAAAACUUAUUAAAGUAAAAUUACUCAAUUAUCUACUACUGCUGGUAAAAAUAGUCCCAUAAGUAAUUAUUAAUUUUUAUGUUUAGCUUAAAGGAACAAUGAUAAUAUGAUUAUUCCGUGUACUAAAGCUUUUAAUGGUAUAAAUAUAAAGAAUUGA